AUGAGUCAACCUGUACCUUCGUCUAACCAUAUCAGUAACGAAAAUGGUGGAGCCUUGAAUUUCAAUCAAGGCAGAGAUCAAAUUAGCAACCCGGGAGGGAAUUAUCUCAGCUUCAACAAUGCGCACAUAGUGGCAUUUUAUGAAAACACUUCGCCUCGAAAGGAUGAACAGAAGAGUAUCGACGACGACGACAUUCUCAAGUCACUCGCGUUCCCUAAAAUGACGGCUCGACGGGACGAUAUUGAGGCAUGUCACGAGAAUACGUGUCGAUGGAUCCUGGUAUCAGACAAGUACUUGUCCUGGAAGAGCUGUCCACGCGGAAUCCUAUGGAUCAAGGGCAAACCUGGCGCAGGUAAAUCAACAGUGAUGGCGUUUCUCUAUGGUGAGCCCAGGAAGAUGCCAGGCGAGGGCUCUUGUGAGAGCACAGAUCUUCGACUAGGGUUCUUCUUUACUGCUCUGGAAACAGAGCUACAACGCUCUCCGCUAGGGAUGUUGAGAUCAUUGCUGAACCAGAUCUUUUACCUUGAUGCGUCGGUUCGCCCUCAAAUACGCGAUGCCUUUGAAAACCGAGUUAAACCCUUCGGAAGUGGCGAGCAGCAGUGGGAAUGGCCACGAAGGCUUCUUGAGGAAUUGCUUACAGAAGCUAUCUUAGCUUCGGCCCGCAAUCAACCUUUAACUAUUUUUGUGGAUGCCCUGGACGAGGUAGGGGAGAAAUCGGCUCAGCAGCUAGCGGAUUACUUUCACCGGCUUAAUAUUCGUGCGGAAAAGUGUAACCUCAAGAUAUGCAUCUCAUGCCGACACUAUCCAAUCGUGAAUCAUCGGGGCAUAGAGAUCACGGUCGAAAACCAUAAUCACGAUGACAUCACAUGCUAUGUCAAAGACCUAAUCCACUCUGCCACGGGAAUAGAGAAUGAUUCAGAUCCAGAGUCGUGGUGGGAUCUAACAGAUGACCUGAUCCAGCAAGCAAAUGGUGUAUUUCAAUGGGUUCAUAUCAUUCUACCCAUUGUUCGGCAAAAGAUCAAUGAGGGAGAUUCACCUCGGGAUAUCCGUGACUGGUUGCCUGAAGUCCCAAUUAAAUUGGAGGAUGUAUACAGGUACAUCUUAACUCAUAUCAUAAAACGUGAGAAUCGAGAGCAAUCUUUCUGGUUUCUCCAGUGGGUUUGUCUGGCUGAAAGACCCAUGACCCUAAGAGAAAUGCGGUACGCCAUGGUUGCAAAAGAUGUGGAUACCACACUUGCUCAAACGCAAUGGUCAAAGAUCAAAGGUUUUGUUGAGAAAGAUGAUAACAUGAAGCAGCGUGCCAAAGCGCUUUCUGGUGGACUUGCCGAAAUUGUCCCGGAUGGUUCUGGCGAAUUGACUAUAAGGGUAGUCCACCAGUCAGUCAAGGAUUUUCUACGCACGAAAGGAUUAGCAUUCUUGAGAAACCCUCCCGACGACAAGCAAUCUAUCGAUAUGGAAGAGUCAGAGGUAUCACACAAAAACUCGCGAAAUACUGGAGAUAUCUUUGAAAAGUCUCUGAUCAACAAGAAUCCACUCCUGAACUAUGCAACAAUUAAUCUUUUUGUGCAUGCAGAAAAGGCUGGGAGUUCUCGCGUGGGCGUGAUUUCAAAUGAGAUCCCGAUUUUGAAAGAACGGAUGAAAUUGUGGGUUCUGGUUUACCAGCAGAUAGAGGGGAAUACCACCGCAUGUCCAGCAAUUGGCACAACUCUGUUACACAUGGCGUCGGCAGCGAACAUGGUGGACGUGAUAAAUACCAUGUGUUCCAACGGUUCGAUCAUCAACAAAAAAAACGCAGAAGGACGAACCGCCAUGCAUUUUGCAGCUUCAAGAGGCCAUAUGACAGCGGCAAAAAUGUUAUGUGGCAAUGGAGCAGACCUCGACACAGUCUCCAAGCAGGGGGAAACACCCCUAGUUGAGGCAGCAAGUCAUGGCCAUAGGAGCUUUGUUGAAUGGCUAUUAAAUUUGGGAGUGGACAUCAACAAAUCAAACGAAUUAUCUGGAACUGCGCUACAAUCAGCUGUAUCAAAAGGACGAACCGAUCUUGUCCACCUUUUAGUCGACGUUGGUGCCGAUGUUGAUGCCCAGGGAGGCGAAAACGGUAAUGCUCUCCAAAUUGCUGCAGCUUGCGGGAGUAUUGAGAUUGUUCAAUUAUUACUGGACUUUGAUACGAAUGUCCAUGCCAAGGGAGGGUACUUCGGCAAUGCUCUUCAGGCCGCUGCACAUCAUGGGAACACUGAUAUUGUUCAAAAACUGUUGGACGCCGGUGUCAAUGUGAAUGCCAAGGGAGGACACUUUGGCAAUGCUCUCCAGGCUGCUGCAUCUGAUUGGACUUUUAACACUGUUGAAAAAUUGCUGGAAGUUGGUGCUGAUUUUAAUGCCCAGGGAGGGUGCUUUGGCAACGCUCUCCAGGCUGCUGCAUCCAAUGGGAGUAUUAAGACUGUUGAAAGAUUGCUGAAUGCUGGUGCUAAUGUUCAUGCCAAAGGAGGCCACUUUGGCCACGCUCUCCAGGCUGCUGCAUAUCAUGGGAGUACUGAUAUUGUGAAAAGAUUGCUAUGUGAAAAACCUGAUGUCAAUGCUGAGGGAGGGUGCUAUGGCAACGCUCUCCAGGCUGCUGCGUCUAGUGGGAGUAUUCAGACUGUUGAAAAAUUGCUGGAAGCCGGUGCUGAUUUUAAUGCCCAGGGAGGGUGCUUCGGCAACGCUCUCCAGGCUGCUGCAUAUUAUGGGAGCACUGAUAUUGUUCAAAUAUUGCUCGAUGCUGGUGCCAUAGAUAACCGUUAA